AUGGCACGCACCGACACCGCCGCGCGCCACCUCGACACCGAGCAGCACCAGCGUCUGCUGCGGCGCAAGCUCAUCUCGCUCGCCGGCUCCGUGUGCGUCUCGCUGUCGGCCGGAUCGAACUAUGCAUUCUCGUCGUUCGCGCCGCAGCUGCAGGAGUCGCUGCACCUCAGCUCGACGCAGAUCAAUCUGAUUGGCAUUGCGGGCAAUGCGGGCGUCUACCUCUCGUCUCCGCUCUGGGGGCGGUUUAUCGACAAGCGCGGCCCGCAGACUGCGCUCGUCGUUGCAGCCGUGCUUGUUCCGCUCGGCUAUGCGGGGCUGUCCGCCAGCUACACGGGCGAGUGGAGGAUGCACUCGACGCCGCUGCUGUUCAUGCUCAACCUGCUGACCGGCCUGGGUAACAGCGGUGGGUUCACCGCAGCGAUGAAUGCACAGGCCAAGUCGUGGGGUGGAAGCAGGAGGGGCACGGCGACGGCGCUUGUGCUGUCAGGAUUCGGGCUUAGUGCGUUCUUCUACUCGACGCUGAGCCACUUGUUGUUUCCAGGCAACACAGGCGACUACCUGCUGCUGCUCGCAUUUGGCAGUAUGGCGAGCAUGCUCAUCGGGCUCGGACUCAUCACGAUCAUCCCGCCACUCGAGGCGCCUGCCCCUGCGCACGCCGAGAGGAGCGAGGGGGGAUCGGGCUACCUGCGCAGGAGGACGUCGUCGGACAUCGGUGCACGCGCUACCGUCUGGCACCGGCCCGAAGCACUGAGUGCCGAAGCGACGGACGAUGAAGACGAGCCUCGAGCUCCGCACGUCGGUGGCUCGCGCGAUGCCAUGACCCCCGCAGACGAGGUGGAUCCCGAGGCACAAGGCCUGCUGUCCGGGCGCGACGAGUCCAAGCGCACUGGCCGCGAGGUCGAUCCUGCCCACGUCGACAUUUCGGGCCGCAAGCUGUUCCGCCAACCCGACUUCUACCUGAUCUUCCUGGUCAUGACGCUCGUCUCGGGCGCUGGGUUGCUGCUCAUCAACAACGUCGGCACCAUCACCAAGACGCUGUGGGACUACAACCACCGCACCGACGCCGUGCUGGUCGCCGCCGACAAUGCUGAUCUUCGUCGCCGCGCGCCCGUUUCGACCGAAGCGUUCGAGACGGCCAAGAAGAGCGCCAAGAGUUCGGUGCAGCAGAUGCAGGCACGCCAGGUCUCGCUCAUCUCGCUGUGCAAUUUCGGCGGGCGCAUCUUCAUCGGUCUGCUCUCGGACUGGCUCGUGAACCGAACCGCUUCGGCUGCCAAUAGGGUGUGGCUGCUCGUGGUGGUUACGACGCUGGCGCUGGGGAGCCAGUUGCUGGCCGCGUUUCCGGGCGCGGUGGAUACGGUGGAUCGUCUGUUUGCUGUGUCGGCGCUCACGGGCCUGGCGUACGGUACGCUGUUUGGCGUAUGCCCCACGCUCGUCUUUGAGUGGUUUGGCAUGAAACACUUCAGCCAGAACUAUGGCUUUGUAAGUCUUUCGCCCGUCGUGGCGGGCAAUGUGUUCAACCUGCUCUUUGGACACAUCUACGACAGCCAUGUGCCCACCGACGCGAGCGUGCUCAGCGCUGUAUCGGAUGUCCUGGCGUCGGUGCGCGGCAAGAACGACCAUCCAGCAACACGGCACCUGUGCAUGGAUGGCGAGGAGUGUUACCGUCAAGUUUUCGUCGUCACCUCCGCAGGCUGCGUGGUAGCCGUCCUGCUCAGUCUGGUGCUUAUUGCAAGAAGAGCCACCAACGUGCCCUCUUUCCUUCGUCGCUAG